UACUUCGACCUGAUUACUACUAUAAAUCAAGAUGGCGCAAAAGACAGUUCAGCAGUUGGAUGCAUACAUUGAGGCAACAGCCGUCGUGUACGACCACUCCAACGCCAAACUCAUCAGCAGGAAGACUAAAGUCAAACCAAGGAAAAAACAAGCUUUCCUGUCUGUACUGCAUUACAGGGAAACGUCUUCUGAUGAUUGCUGUGCAAAAAGGAGACCAUCGAAACGAUGGAUCCGAAGACAAUCAAAGCAGACACAUGAAAGUCAGAGUAAUACCAAAGAUGUAAAACAGAAACUGCAGGUCUUUGUCCGGACUCCCCCCUCACACAAAUCCAAGACACUUUAUUUCGAACUCCAUCCCGAGACAUCCGUCUCAUCUCUCAAAGAAGUAAUCCAGAAGAAGAUCAGUGUGGAGGCACGACAUCAGCAUCUGUACAUCAGGGAAAACGUCCAGCUCUGUGACUUGCUCACACUCGAGGAGAAUGGCGUUGACAAGGAUGAACUCAUCUAUCUUCGUCUUUUAUUGGAUAAUGCAAAUGAUGACGAUGUACCAAAAGACAAAGCCAGCAUUGACAAUGAGUACCUCAGGGACUUGUCCUCAAAAAUCGAAUCAUUGUGGAAGGAACUUGCCAAACACUUAGGAUAUGAAGAUGCGGAAAUUGCAGAUAUCCAAACUACCAACGAAGGCAGCGCUGAAGGGAGCCGUCACAUGCUACUCACUUGGUGGGAAAAGACGACAGAUCGCAACGAAGCAGCUCAGAAGCUGCGACGAGCAUUGGAGGCCAUCGGGCUGACUGAUUUGGCCAAAAAUGCACCGGUAACGAGCGAAUCGAGAGACGAAGCAGCUGGACCCGAGCCAGAAAGGCGUCAAGAUGCAGGAGUUGACGAGGAGAGCAAACAAAACGAAGCGGCAUCAACCGAGGAAGAGAAACCGAAAAAGGAACGAGUUUGUGAUCAAGACAAACCUCAGCUAAUCAGUCGCAGAUAUGUGCAGGUCUUCAUCAGAAGUCACUGCUUACAUAGACCGAGGAUAAUGUGCUUGCAAGUGGAUCCAGAAACAUCUGUCUUGCUCUUAAAAGUGAUAAUGAGCGAGAAAAUCGGUGUGCUGCCUCAACAACAGCGUCUGUUCAUCCGAAGAAACUUUCGUAACUUUGAGCUCCAUAACUUGCUGACACUACACGACUGUGGAAUUCAUCAGGAUGAGAACAUCUCACUACGUCUGUGUACCGAUGGCCUACUGGGCGGUGGACCAAAAGGCAAAUACCCUGUUGAUGAUCAGUUCUUUCGGGACUUGGCUUCGAAAACUGAAUCAUCCUGGGAACAGUUGGCCAAAUCCCUGGGAUACGGUGAAGACGAAAUCAAGCAAUUCCAAAAAAUCGGCCAAGAAAACAAAGAAAGGAGCCUACAGAUGCUGCUUUCUUGGUGGAGAAAGCAAACAACUUGCGAGCAAGGAUUUCAGAGUUUGAAAGAUGCGUUAAAGUCAAUCGGGCAUGUUGAGCUGGCCCUAAUAAUUCCUUCUGAGGAGCAACGGAGGAUGGAACAGGAAGAAGUUGCAGAUAGGGAGAAAAGGGGAGCAUCAUCUGAGGGACGCAGACCAAGACGGGAGGAAACUGCUCAUCGAGAUAAACUUCAACCACAGGUACAAUUGAGAAGAGCUGAAGAACAAAUGGAGAAGAAAGGGACUACAUCAUCUGAGAAUCAGAGAACCAGCCAAGAGGAAGUUACACAUCGAGACAAACACGAACCAUCGAUACUAAUGAGAGGGGCUAAAGAACAGAGCACGAUGAAAGGGACUACAUCUGAGGGACAGCGACCAAGACGAGAUGAAAUUGCUCAUCGAGGCGAACCUAAACCAGAGUUACACAUGGGAGGAGCUAAAGAACAGAGCAAGGAGAAAGGGACUUCAUCAUCUGAGGACAAGAGACAGGGACAACAGGAAGCUGCUAAUCGAGACAAACCUCAACCAGAGGUACAAGUGAGAGGGGCUAAAGAACACAGCAGGAAGAGAGGUGCUACAUCAUCUGAGGACAAGAGACCAGAACAAGAGAAAGUUGCUCAUCGAGACGAACCUCAACCAAAGGUACAAGUGAGAGGGGCUAAAGAACAGACCAGGAAGAGAGGAGCUACAUCAUCUGAGGACCAGAGACCAGAACAAGAGAAAGUUGCUCAUCGAGACGAACCUCAACCAGAGGUACAAGUUAGAGGGGCUAAAGAACACAGCAGAAAGAGAGGGGCUACAUCAUCUGAGGAUCAGAUACCAGAACAAGAGGAAGUUACUCAUAGAGACAAAACUCAACCACAAGUACAAAUGGGAGUGGCUACAAAAAAGAUCAAACAGAAUGAGACUACAUCAUCUGAGGACCAGAGACAGGGACAACAGGAAGCUGUUCAUCGAGACGAACCUCAACCAGAGGUACAAGUGAGAGGGGCUAAAGAACACAGCAGGAAGAGAGGAGCUACAUCAUAUGAGGACAAGAGACCAGAACAAGAGGAAGUUGCUCAUCGAGACGAACCUCAACCAAAGGUACAAGUGAGAGGGGCUAAAGAACAGAGCAGGAGUAAAGGGGCUUCAUCAUCUGAGGACCACAGACCAGAACAAGAGGAAGUUGCUCAUCGAGACGAACCUAAACCACCGGUACAAGUAGGAGUGACUGGGACAGAAAGCAGAUCAGAUUACCCACAACAAAGUGGAGCCAGCAUAGGAAGCAUCGGAGCAAUCAGCGGUAACCAGAACCCUGUCAUUGUUGGUUCAAGUCGAGUUAAUAUCACUUACAUCUCGCCAUUGGAAGGACCAGCAACUGCGCCCUCAACAUAG